AUGGCGUAUCAGUACCACGGAGGCCCGGCUUCUCCAACACAGAAUAGCACAUAUUUUGUUCCCGGAUACCAAUAUACUCUUGUCGAUUCUUGUGGCCAGCAAUACACACAAGUCCUCCCACAGCAUCAGGAUGCACAGGCCCAGGUGCGGUCGAGCACCUAUGCAGUUUCCUAUGCUUCCAAUCACCCUCCCCAUUACCUGCAAUCCAUGGGCUCUGCGCAAGCACAGUUCCCGCCUUACUACGGGCUUCAAAUGAGCCCGUAUUUCCCUAUGUCCCCGCAGUACGUCGCACACCAAGUUCUGUCCCAACAGCCCUCGCAGCCACUCCUGGGUCAAGCUCCACCAGACCCUUGUCUUAGGCGUCAUAGUUUCCCGCUGCGGCAGUCACCAUCUAAUCGGCGAGGGUCAGACUCAGAAGCGGCCAGGACCUGGCAUCCGGUAGUACCGCGUUGGGGUAGCAGAACAACAAGUGCUGCAGCAGGGGGUGCUGGGAUUGGAGUUCGUGGUGGGGGGGAUGCUACAGCGGGUGGAUACUCUGGGAAUUCAGCAAGAGGCCCUGGUGAGAACAGCUACCCUUUUCCGAAACCCCUCUUCCAUAGCUUGCUCUUCCCCAGUCUAACAGCAAAGUGGAAACUCCAGUAGCUUCAACAAACGUAACGACACCCGGAACAUUGGAUUCUUCUUUGCCCUCUCCAUCAUCAGUACUGCACCCAUCUCUCCCACGAGGGCCUCCCCGAAAGCCGAAGCAGUCGGGCCAUGCGCUCUGGGUAGGCAAUCUGCCGACUGGGACCCGGGUAGUAGACUUGAAGGAAUACUUCUCAAAAGAUGCAAAGGAUGACAUUGAGAGCGUAUUUUUGAUAUCAAAGAGUAACUGUGCCUUUGUGAACUACCGGACCGAAGAAGCCUGUAGUGAGGCAAUGGCCAGGUUCCAUGACUCGAGGUUUCACAACGCAAAGCUAGUUUGCAGGUUGAGAAGGAACUCUGCACCCUCUGCUGCUGCCAGCGCAGUGGCAUCGAUACCAUCGCCAGACACAUCAGCUCACUCGGUUCAAGGCAGUGGUGACGAGCCACCAGGCGUUGGCGAGGUAGGGGAGGAUAGGGCUGACCGGGGUAGAAGCCCCCCAGUCGGGCCAAAGGUUACUACUAGGAGCGUGGGAAAGGACCGCAUAUUCAUCGUCAAAAGCCUCACGGUGGAGGAUCUCGACCUGAGUGUACGAAAUGGGAUCUGGGCAACUCAAAGUCAUAACGAGUCCAUUUUAAAUCAGGCAUUUGAGGUAACAUCUAACCCCAGAACUCUUUCCUUCUUCUCUUUUCUAGAAACCCGUGACUAAUCCCAUCCUGAUUGAAUAGACAGCAGACAACGUCUAUCUAAUAUUUUCAGCAAACAAGUCAGGUGAAUAUUACGGGUAUGCAAGGAUGACUUCCCCAAUUCUGGAUGACGCAACGGAAUUAGAAUGGACCCCAUCUUCACAGCCUCGCGAGGAUUCAGAUCUGCCACGGGCGAUAUACACUCCAGCAACCGCGCUGGCUCCCCAGGGCCGGAUAAUUGAUGACUCUGCGAGAGGCACUAUAUUCUGGGAGGCAAUAUCAAAUGACGAAGUUCCAGACCCCGUCGCCUCUACUAGCGAGGAGGACGGUGGCCCUGAGGAAAGCUCUGUUGCUGUCGCAAAGUCUUGGGGCAAGCCUUUCAGAGUUGAGUGGAUUUCUACCACCCGAGUGCCAUUUUAUCGAACAAGAGGCUUGAGGAAUAUUUGGAACGCGAAUAGAGAGGUAAAGAUUGCUCGUGACGGAACAGAACUAGAGGAGAAUGUGGGCAGGAAGCUCAUUCAGCUUUUCCACCGGAACGGGGGUGCAUCCCUACCUGGGGAUCAGGGUGCUCCCCCUCUCGCUGCCUGAGAGCAAGCAUUCAGUGCUUUGGAUAUACGUGCUCUUGCUGAUGCUCCACCCUCUAGAAAGUUAAUGGAGGGAUAUUCCGUGCCCCUCCCUAUCAUACUAUUUCCGCUUGGGCCCGGUUUUUUCGGGGCCGGGAUUUCUUGAGGCCAGAAUGGUUCUUUUCUUUUAUGUCUUUCAUAACUGUUUUCAAAAAGGGUGAGACCACGUUUCUCAGCACGGUGCCGGUUUGGGAAUGGAGCAUUGAAGGUCAUGUCUGGGUGUUUUUACCUUUUUAUAUACCAUUUCCUCUCUCAUUGUUCCUGGUUAAUUGGGGGGUUUGCCUACAUUUUUUUUUUUGCUCACCUUUCUCCUGCCGACUCUCUUAGUGUGGCUUCGUGGCGGUGUUUCUUUUUCUUUUUCUUCUUGAUCUAAUUUGGGGUUAUAUCUCAUGUUAUGGUUAUACCGGUACCCGUAUGGUGUUAGAAGUAGAGUGUGUACAGUACCGUAAUGGGGACGCAAUUCACCAGGUAUAUACCGGUAGUCCCACAUACGGUAUUGAUCAGGUCUUAUGCGAGCUUGAGCAUGGGUUCGCAAACCGGGUAUGGUAACACAGCGAUGUUAUACCGUAGCUCUAGAAUUACGCCCCAGAAAAUAAUAAAGCCCCGAUGCUAGACCUGCCCUGAGCCUGUCCAUCCCUCUAUACCUGGAAAA